AUGUCCAAACCAUCACCGGACAGCGACAAUGGCACGCAAAAAGCCACUGAGUCGCUUGACCUUGAGCAACAAGGCAGACCGAUCGCUUUAGAUCCAGGUCUUCCCAAGUCUCUCGGUGCAGGCUCCGCGCUCGCGCUAGGUGCAUUCGGCACAACUUUGACCACGCUCGCUCUGGGUCUCAUGGAAUGGCGAGGAGUCACCGUAUACAAUGUCUUCAUCGGAAAUUUUUUCUUCAUUGCUGCAUUUGGUCUUCUUAUCACCGCGCAAUGGGAGCUAUCCAUUGGAAACGGCUUCGCAUACACUGUAUUCAGCGCUUUCGGUCUUUUCUACGCAGGAUAUGGUGCUCUCUUGACUCCUGGCUUUGGAGUAGCAGAAGCAUACGGUGGGACCGAUUCAGCACAGUAUAACAAUGCCGUGGGAUUUUUCAUGAUUCUCUGGACAGUCUUCGUCUUUACGUUCCUUAUAGCUUCUCUUGCGAGCAAUAUCGCAUACAUCUUGGUUUUCCUCUUUGUUGAUCUUGGCUUCUUGACUGUUGCCGCAAGCUAUUUCGCCAAAGCCGAUGGCCAUGCUGCGUCUGCUCUGGCCUUACAGAAAUCAGGCGGAGUGUUCUGUUUCCUAGCUGGAUUGGUGGGUUGGUAUAUUGUUUUCCACCUAUUGUUGCAGGAUUCUAUUCUUGAUCUGCCACUCGGUGAUACAUCUCGGUACUUUGGAAAGAAGAACAAGUCUAAGGGGGCAUAA